CUUUGUCAUGGCAGAGAGAACAAGUCAAUGUAAGGGUGGGGUCAUCUAAGAUAGCACAAGGGUUAAGUUAAGUAAUUUUUCAACCUGCUUUAUGAAACGGUGUUAAAAUGAAAUGUUUGAGUAAAUGGGCAGAAAAAACAGCAGGAAACAUUUGUACUUUUAAAAAGGAUGUAUGUCGCCCUCUGCUGGACGUUUGCAGCUCUUACACGGUCCGAUGUGUCCUAGGAACUAGGAACCAUAUGAGUGAAGUCUUGUUUCUUUCCGGAAGUACAAAAGCGUUGUCGUAUGGCAGUCAAAGAUCAUUAAUAAAUAUGAUCAGUAUAUUUUAGUGUUUACGUUUUAAAUAAAAACUAAUAAAAAAUACUUUAUUCACAUUUUGCUCACUCUGAGCUUCUCGGCUUUUUGUAGUGAAGAACUAGCAAUGGCGGCUAGACAUUUUCGGUCUUUUGGAUUAUUUGUACGUGCAGCUUUUCACGACAAAACCUCUGGUCGGACCAGGAAGACGAGCUAUGCAUCAGUAAAAUCAUACAGCGCUUCUACGGGAGGUGAAGAAGCUCAGAUGGCUGCAGGUCAGACUGUGGUCUCAGAGCGAAGGGGGCCAGUGGUUAUUGUGGAGAUAAACCGGCCAGAGGUGCGUAACGCGGUGAACCAGGAGACGGCGGGGCGUCUGCUGGAGGAGCUGCAGGCCUUCGACCGUGACCCAGACCUGAAAGUUGCCAUACUGCAUGGCAAAGGAGGAAAUUUCUGUGCUGGUUAUGAUCUGAAAAUGUUGGCCAAUGAAAAAGCUGCACUGAAAUUGGAGUCAGAUGUCCGAAAGGAUCCCGGUCCGAUGGGUCCGUCCCGUCUGCAGCUCUCCAAGCCGCUGAUAGCAGCCGUCAGUGGCUUUGCGGUGGCCGGAGGCCUGGAACUGGCCCUGCUGGCAGAUCUCAGGGUGAUGGAGGAGAGCGCCAUCAUGGGGGUGUUCUGUCGCAGGUUCGGAGUUCCCCUGAUUGAUGGCGGCACGGUGCGGCUCCCUCGCCUCAUUGGCCUAUCCCGGGCGCUUGACCUGAUUCUGACCGGACGACCUGUCGGAGCACAGGAGGCUCUCGCUUACGGGCUGGCCAACAGAGUUGUCCCAAGCGGCCAAGCUUUACAGGCGUCUCUGCAGUUGGCAGAGGAGAUCAGCUCCUUUCCUCAGCGGUGUCUGCGGGCGGACCGCUCCUCCGCCAUGCACAGCUGCUUCGAUGCUUCGUCUUUCACACAGGCCCUUCAGUAUGAGUUUGAUCACGGAGUUCCUGCCAUCCAAGAGGAAGCCAUCCGAGGAGCGAUCAAGUUCACGGCAGGGGAAGGAAGAGGAGGAAAGUUCUCCUCAGAUUGAGCCUAAAAAAGUUGGACAUUUCAAGGGGAUUUUUUUACAGAUCUUUCAGCUGUCUAAAAGUGCAUGAUGAACAACUUUUCAAAUAUGUUAUGAAUUUAAAAAAGAGAAACUUAUCAAAACAAGCUUCCCAAAGGAUUCUCUUACAAAUGCAGUGAACUCCGACCACAAAACCAGCCAACUUCAAAGCCACGAGGAGCUACACACCUACGGGAGCUUGUUGCUUCAACUCAUCUUAAAAACCACUUGAUGGUUUUCACGCCGUCUGCUGGCACUCCUGUGCAUGCAUGCAUGUGCAAAACCAGAGCAAUGUAACUACAGAAGGAAAUUCAACAGGUGUAGCUAUUCCUGUGGAUCUAAGGCAACAUUUGCAUUAGAAAAAUCCACACUGAAAGUACAAAUGUUUGAAAAUCUUGACUUAUGGUGGUUUUUCUUCAGGAAAAAGAGAAUGGAAGCAGUGUGGAGGAGGUGCGUGGGGGUUAACUCAGACAGACAAAAACCUCAUUAAGUCUAGGAGGUGUCCCGUCUAGACAGCGUGAUGACAGGACACAGAGCUUCUGUUUCAUGUUUCCUCCUUUAGCUUCAGUUCACCAACACACACAGAUAGACACAUUUCACCUGCACUGCCUAAGGGUUGAUGAAUGAAUGCAGAACACAACUGAUUAGGGCCCCAAAUAUCUCAUGAGCCUUUUAGAUUAGAGUUUGUUUGUGGAAAAAAUGCAAUUUUCUUUUUUGCAGUUACAUCUUCUUAUUUGUUUUCAAGAUCAGAACUUUUUUAACCUACACAUUUUUGUUUUGUUUUAAAUACAACUGUAAAGUGUAUCCUUUUCUGUCAAUAAAUAAAAAUAUUUUAAUGUAA